AUGUCCCACCACCAAACCAGCUUGAUUCUACCCAAUCCCAAGCCCAAGAGCCCUAGCCGCUCCUCCUCCCUCGCCAUCAUCGACUCUAUCUUCGCCAAAAAAAGCCUCUUCUACGACAGGCUUCCUUCCCAACCCCUCCGACUCACCGUCCUCAAACUCGAUGGUUCCUCCUUCCAUAUUCAGGUUCCCAAGACGGCCACCGUUGCGGAACUGAAAGACGCAGUGGAGGCUGUGUUCGCCCACGCGCCUCUAAAUGGGCCCGCCCAAAUUUCAUGGGCGCAUGUUUGGGGGCAGUUUUGCUUAUGCUAUGAUGAACAGAAGCUAGUUACGGAGAAGGAUCAUCUUCGAAAUUAUGGCAUCAAGGAUGGUGACCAGCUUCGUUUCACCCGCCAUGUUUCAAACAAUUGCUGUGUCCAAAGAAAGCGGUUGAAGAAAAGAGUUGUAUCUUUGAAACAGCACAGGAGGUGCAAGUCUUCUCAAGUGGAUAGCUAUCAACACACAGGAAAGUGUGACAAUGAUGAUAUUGGUUCUGAUGAUGAUGACGCCACAGAUAAUGGGAAGCAUCAUAUUGAAGAAGUAGAAGAAGAGCACGUAGUAAAGAACAAAUUUGCUGGCUUUGUGGGAGAGUUGUUCUCUUGCACUCCACUAGCAGUUGUAAGAAAAACUACAACUAGAAGCAGGAUUUGGCCGUCCACUAUUCCCAGAUGUUUGGUGGGUAGUUUUAGAAAGAUUAGUAGUAUUGUACGCAUUGGCAGGAGGAGGCCCUAUUCUCGUAGACUUACAUGGAGACAGUAG